UCCCUCUCUCUCUCUGUCUCUCUGCUCCUCCUGUCUCCUCCUCAGUGUUUCCAGCCUUGCGGAGCGCUGCAUAUCUGACGUUACUGUCUCCAGCUCCAACCAGCUCCGCUCUCAUCUCUCUGCAAGAGAACAGUCAACGGAAAGAGAGGACAAAAGAGUUCGCCGCUUCCAUCUUCAACAGCCGGACUGAACCGCCCCAGCUCCCCGACCCCCCACUGACCCGCACGUCCGCCGUCCUCAUGGAGCGCGUCCAGCACAUGACCAAGUCGGCCAUCCGUCGAGCAUCUCAGAUCGAGGUGAACCCCCAGGCCAAGAGGAACCUGCAGGAGCUGUUUGUCAACUUCACACUCAUCCUCAUCUGCCUGCUGCUCAUCUACAUCAUCGUCCUGCUGAGCAGCUGAGAGCAGAAAGGGACACAUGCAGAGCCUGGCAGAGCUCAACCGCUGAAAAAAAAAACAAAAAACGGGGGAUUUCAGAGAAAUAUCAGAUUUUUUAAAAAAAAAAAUAAGUCAUUAUAUCUCUGCUUCUCUUAUUACGUUUUAUCAUCUUUGAUCCUGUUUGCGUGUAUGCACCAAAAUUUUCUGACCACACUGUGUAGAAGCGACAUUAAACACGAUGCACAUGAAGUGGGAAGCAUUCAUGCAUCUCUGAGGUUUGCUUCCUGUUGCAUGAACAUUUUUCUCUCCGUCUGCUCUGACUGAGAGAUAAUCUUCACAGAUUUUCAACCCUCAAGAUGUCCUCUACUGCAUUUACUAAAAAACUAUUGUAAAAAGGAUUAGGAAUUAAUCCCCCCUCCCCCAUGACAGUACCUCUUGAGGAAAUCUUCAUCUACAGUCUCUGGCAUUUUAAUUAAAAAAGUCCUAAUACAGCUGUGUCCAAAAUUUACACAAGCUACAUAUAAAAUGAAGAAGGUCCAAAGCACGGCUAAAGCGGUGAAAGGUUGAGGAUUCUCAAAAUAGAAAAAGAAGAAAACAGCAGCUGAAGCUAAUUUUUUUCCCAGUCUGAUGGAAACUAAAGAAAAUCUCAGUUCUUGUCACAUAAAACAAACAGUCAUGUGGAUAACAAGAAAAGAUUUACCAAACAUUUGGUAAUGUAAUAAGGACACUGAGAAAUGAUGAGAAACCUGCUAUAAAUGAUCAGUUUCAUCCUAACAGUCAUUUAUCUCACUGUUUGACAAAAUCUGUUGCAGAGACUGACUUGUAAAAUGUAAACAUCCACAAGUGCUUGCUGCCAGAAUAAAACAUCAUUGGGGGGAAAUAAAUAAUGAACUAUUGCAGAAAAAAAAAAGUUGACUUUGGCGCCACCCAAUGGCAGAUACCUAAAAGUGGAGGGGCAGCAGUGAACAGCUGGUCGUAAAUUUCCAAU